GCUGAGGUACUUCGCCGCAUGGCUCAGCUCCUCUAUGUUAAGCACCAGCGUCGAUGGAUCCAUUCAUCCUACGCUGUACUUUUCAAGGACUUCGUCAAUCGUUUAGAAGAGCGCUUUACCACCAAAACUGUCCAGUCGUAUCUGAUUCAGGAUUGCAAGACUAUUGAUGAUCCCUACAACAUCAUCACUGUUGUGCUAUUGCAAUACCAACAAGCCAUCAAAGAAACCAUCCUAACACCCGAUGUCGAGUACUUUCUUCUACUUUGUAAGCGGAGAGGCCAGAAACCUGUCCCCUUUGUACCCGCCUUAGAUGAAGAUUUUGAGUUUUUCUUCAAGAAAGACUCUCUAUGGCAAUCUGAAGAUUUGGAGGCUGUCGUCGACCAGGAUGUUGGUCGCACAUGUAUCCUUCAAGGACCAGUGGCCGCGAAGUACUCUGUUAAGGUGGACGAGCCAAUCGCUGAGAUCCUUGGCAGCAUUCACCAAGGCCAUGUUACUCGCCUUCGAGAAGAACGUUACUGCGCCACGCUUGACUCAAUUCCUUUUGUUGAGUAUUUUGGAGGGGAAUCUAUACAGUUGGACAUGUCUUCGCUUGCAGACGGCAUCGAGCAGUCCCACAACGAGCAAGCCAGUAUCUAUAGCCUUCCUUCCUCCCUUAGUAUGCCUCUACCCGCUGUCGACGUUUGGAUGUCUCUUUUGGCAGGUAAGAGCCGCUCCUGGCGCCACGCCAUCAUGUCAGCAGGUAUCGUGAUUCAGGAAAAUAAGUGCGUGGCAAAUCCCAUGAGACGACUAUUCGCACCUGCCCAUGGUAUUCGUGUUCAGAUUCGCAAACCUGAUGUGCCCUCACAAACCGAGGUUGUCUUAGAAGAGCAGCAAGAAUCUGGCAUUUAUGAGGUGGCUGUUCGUGCUGGUUUAAAUGAAGAUGGAGAAAUUAUUGUAGAGAUGUUCGAACGAAGGAACAUGUCCGACUUGGUCGUGUCUCUACCCCUGCGAUUCAGGUACAAGCCUGAGUAUGGUUACGCACCCAUUAGAGAAAUCAUGGAGGAUCGAAACGAGCGCAUAAGGCGAUUCUACUGGAGCAUCUGGUUUGGCAAAAGCCAUCCCAUCCUGGAGGGGAGUCUUAGCGACAGCUUCGAGUGCGGUAAAGAGAAGAUUACUCGUCAGCAUGUCGAAAGUUUCAUCCAGGCCAUCAACAACUCCACCAGGACCCAUAAGAAUUUUCUGGAGCCAGCUACGAACGUUUCUAUAAGCUUUGCCAUUCCGGUAGCAUGGAAAGCCAUUGUAAAGCCGUUAUUUCUUAACGCACUUAAUGGCGACUUGCUCCAACUUGUUCACUUGUCGAAUGAGUUUCGUAUGACACCCGGAGCGGAACCUUUGAAAAUCGGCGAGGAAGUAUCGACUGUGGCACGUAUCAACGCCAUUAUGAACCAAGAUUCAGGGAAGAUGGUCGAAGUCAGUGCGGCCGUAUUGCGAGGCAAAGAAAUAGUCGUGGAGAUCAUAUCCCGGUUUCUGUACCGGGGGGCUUUCGUCGACUUCAAGGACACGUUCCAAUGGAGAGAUGAGCCCCUUAUGCAAAUACAGCUAGCUACCUCCAAAGACAUCGCUGUUCUUCGAACGAGGGAGUGGUUUGUUCCGACGCAGGGCUGUAACAUAGAUCUUGUUGGACACACCUUAACAUUCCAAAUGCGCUCGCUGUACAAAUUCCAAAGCAAGACUGUCUUUCGAAGGAUAGAGACACAUGGAAAAGUUACAUUGGAGUUGGCCCCCCAGAAAAUUGUGCAAGUCGCUACUGUGCAAUAUGAAGUGGGCAUUUGUCACAGUAACACGGUGAUUGAGUUUCUUGAGAGAUAUGGUUCUUAUUCCCAGAACUCUGUGGACUUCGAAGAUCCCGUUUCCGUACCGAAUAAUGGGGAAAGUCUGGUUAUAUGCGCUCCAUCCUCGAAUGAAGCAUACGCACGCACUUCGGGAGACUUCAAUCCCAUUCAUGUCUCGCGUACAUUUGCAGAAUAUGCCGGACUUCCUGGACUGAUUACUCAUGGCAUGUAUUGUAGUGCUGCCAUACAAGACCUGGUGGAACGCCUGGUUGCGGAUGGUAAUGCUGGGCGUAUCCGGCAAUUCUCUAUGAGCUUCGUAGGCAUGGUCCUACCUAAUCAAAAACUCGAAGUGAAACUAGAGCAUAUCGGCAUGGUGGAAGGUAUGAUCCGUCUUCAUAUAGAGGCUAGAGCUCAAGAAACAGGACACCGUGUCAUUGUUGGCGAGGCCAAAAUCACCCAAAAGAUGACAACUUACGUGUUCACCGGUCAGGGAUCGCAAGAAAAGGGGAUGGGAAUGGAUCUUUACAACCAAUGUCCAGCAGCUAGGGAAGUAUGGGAUCGGGGUGACAAGUAUUUUCUGCAUAAAUACGCAGGAUUUGCAAUUACAACCAUUGUUCGAGAUAAUCCAAAGCAACUUACCGUUCAUUUUGGUGGCCGCCAAGGAGAAGCUAUCCGUCAGAACUACAUCAACAUGAAAGUCGAGACAGUCGCCGAAGAUGGGUCAAUCCAAUACGAAAAGCUUUUCAAGGAUGUGGACCAUAACACGCAGUUUUAUACAUUUCGCUCGCCAACGGGGCUGCUCUCAGCUACACAGUUUACACAACCAGCAUUGUCUUUGAUGGCGAGAGCCAGUUUCGAACACUUACAAAUCCAAGGAUUAGUAGAUGGCAACUGCUACUAUGCUGGUCACUCGCUGGGUGAGUUUUCUGCGUUAGCAGCGGUGGCAGGUAUAAUGUCGGUCGAGUCCCAAGCGCUAAUCGCCUUUUAUCGUGGGUUGACUAUGCAGAAAGCGGUUAACCGUGACGAGAGCGGGCGAUCAAAUUAUUCUAUGUGUGCCGUAGACCCUAGCAGGAUCUCGGCGACGUAUGAUGAAGAGGCGUUCCUAACUAUUGUGAGGGAAAUUGCCGCAGAAACCGGUUGGCUGCUAGAAGUUGUCAACUUUAAUGUGGCAAAUAAGCAAUAUGUUUGCGCUGGAAAUCUACAUGCUCUGGACACCCUUGCUGGUGUUACAGAUCGCUUGAGGCUGCUUCAGAUCAACGCCUCGGAGAUGGAGGAGUGUUUGCAUGAGAUCAUUCGGCAAUGUGUACAAGAAACCAAAUCGAAGUCAACCCCACUGGAGCUAACUAGGGGAAUCGCGACAAUACCACUCCAAGGGAUUGACGUGCCGUUUCAUUCAACGUUCUUGCGUGGUGGGGUGCGGCAUUUUAGAGAGUUUCUACACGCAAACAUUGAUAAGAGGAACAUCAACCCUGCUAAACUGAUUGGAAGAUACAUCCCCAACGUUACUGCACGGUCAUUCCAGAUAAGUAAGGAUUAUUUCCAGUAUGUAUACGAUCUUACUGGCUCGUCGCAACUGAGAGAUGCCUUGAAGAACUGGGAUAUAUACGAGAAGUCAAAUGGUGAGGAGUCAAAUGGUGUGGAAGAAUGUAGCGAAUGUAGAAACUCUCUAUAA